AUGCUUUCCAUUCUAGACAACUCGCUACGUGUAGCCAACUUCGUGUUCUUGACCAUCGUGCUAGGUCUCACAGCCUCGUUGGCCGCCACCCGCGACAACACCAACCCACAGGUCAACUUUGCCAUUUUCACGGCCGCCUUCGGACUCUUGUUCGACACCUUCUACGCCAUCCCAGCCAACUUUUUGUCCGCCCUAGCAUGGCCCAUCCUGAUCGCCGUGUUUGACUUUUUGAACUUUGUCUUCACCUUCGCGGCCGCCACCGCUCUAGCUGUGGCCAUCAGAGCCCACUCCUGCACCAACUCGGACUACCUUUACUCAAACGCCGUCACCCAGGGCUCUACCGACCGUUGUCGUAAGGCCCAGGCUUCCGUGGCGUUCCUAUACUUUGCGUUCUUCGUGUUCCUCACCAAGCUCGCCUUGUCCUUGACCAACGUCUUCACCGCCGGUGUUUUCGGCUCUUCGUCCACCCGCAGAGCUAACGUGGGUGUUCCAACCAUCUCCCAGGUUUAA